AUGAGAGAGAUCGUGCACGUGCAAGCCGGACAGUGCGGUAACCAAAUCGGAGCCAAGUUCUGGGAGGUGAUCUCCGAUGAACACGGCAUCCAGCCUGACGGAACCUACAACGGAGACAGCGAUCUGCAGCUCGAGCGCAUUAAUGUCUACUAUAAUGAGGCGAAUGGUGAGCAAGUAAAAGUAAAAAAUUGUGAAAAUUAAAAAAAAAUCAAAUUUUUAUAUGAACUCAAAGCAGUUCUUAGUUUUUGCACUGAAAAACUACAUUUCUGGCGUUUUCCAAGAGGAGUUCCCGACGCGGUGGCCGAUGUUUUUCUUUGUUUUUCUCGGCCAUACGCAGAUUUGAAUAGUCUUUCGACAAAAUUUGGCGCUACAGCGAAGCAGAACUCGUACGGAAUAGCUAUUAAUGGAACUGUUACGAUUUGGAACUCGCAACGUUAAAAUAUAACUGCGAGUUCCAAAUCGUAACAGUUCCAUUCCGUGCGAGUUCUACUUCGUUGUAGCGCCCAAAAUGUAGUCAGCAGUGUUGAGCGGAAUUCCGUCUGCCGUCUUCCGUCUUCCGUCUUCCGUGGUUUUUUUUUGUUCCGACUUCCGUCUGCCGUCUUCCGUGAGAAAAGUUUUCUUCCGUCUUCCGUCUGCCGUCUUCCGUAAAAAAAUUUUCUUCCGUCUGCCGUCUGCCGUCUUCCGGGAUUUUUUCUUCUUACUGUAAAAGAGUGAUAGCUUUUCAAAAGCCAUUUACUAGUCCCGAAGAACGCGAAUUUCCACGGGCAGUACCCAGAUCCAAAAGUUUUGUUGCUUUAGUUAUUUUUUUCAAAAAAAAAACCGGAAAAAAAGGCUCUGAAUUGACGAUUUUUGUUCCGUAUUCCGUCUGCCGUCUUCCGGGAAAAAUGUGUUCUUCCGUCUUCCGUCUGCCGUCUUCCGUGAGAAAAAUUUUCUUCCGUCUUCCGUCUGCCGUCUUGCGGGAUUUUUUCUUCUUACCGUAAAAGAGUGAUAGCUUUUCAAAAGCCAUUUACUAGUCCCGAAGAACGCGAAUUUCCACGGGCAGUACCCAGAUCCAAAAAGUUUUGUUGCUUUAGUUAUUUUUCAAAAAAACCGGAAAAAAAGGCUCUGAAUUGACGAUUUUUGUUCCGUAUUCCGUCUGCCGUCUUCCGGGAAAAAAGUGUUCUUCCGUCUUCCGUCUGCCGUCUUCCGUGAGAAAAAUUUUAUUCCGUCUUCCGUUUUCCGUAUUCCGUAAGAAAAAUUUUCUUCCGUCUGCCGUCUGCCGUCUUCCGGAUUUCAAAAUUCCAUUUCCGCUCAACUCUGGUAGUCAGUUCUGCUUCUUUUUCAAAGUUUUACCUUCUUUUCCGGCUUCUCAGAUGCUCAUUCGAUCAUUUUUCAGGUGGCAAGUAUGUUCCACGCGCCGUCCUCGUCGAUCUCGAGCCAGGAACCAUGGACUCGGUCCGCUCGGGCCCGUUCGGUCAGCUCUUCCGCCCGGAUAACUUUGUCUUCGGACAAUCGGGGGCCGGUAACAACUGGGCCAAAGGACACUACACUGAGGGAGCUGAACUCGUUGACAAUGUGCUAGAUGUCGUCCGCAAGGAGGCCGAAGGAUGCGACUGUCUGCAGGGAUUCCAGCUGACUCACUCGCUCGGAGGAGGAACUGGAUCCGGAAUGGGCACUCUCCUCAUCUCGAAGAUACGCGAGGAGUUCCCGGAUAGAAUCAUGAGCUCGUUCUCAGUUGUUCCAUCGCCAAAGGUGAGCGGUUUCAGAAAACAAAGAUCAGGUUGCAAUACUUCCUUUCAGGUGUCAAAUGCCGUCGUCGAGCCGUACAAUGCCACUCUCUCCGUUCACCAGCUCGUGGAGAACACUGAUGAGACCUUCUGCAUUGACAACGAAGCCCUCCACGAUAUCUGCUACAGAACACUCAAGCUGACCAGCCCCACUUAUGGAGAUCUCAAUCAUCUCGGUAAAACAGCUUAAUUUUCAUCGAAGAUUGUCAAUUUCUGCUCGUUUCAGUGUCCGUGACCAUGUCCGGAGUGACCACUUGCCUCCGCUUCCCCGGUCAGCUGAAUGCGGAUCUUCGCAAGCUUGCCGUCAACAUGGUUCCAUUCCCACGUCUCCAUUUCUUCAUGCCUGGAUUCGCUCCACUCUCCGCCAAGGGAGCACAAGCCUACCGUGCUCUGACAGUCGCCGAGCUCACUCAGCAGAUGUUUGACGCCAAGAACAUGAUGGCUGCGUGCGAUCCAAGACACGGACGGUACCUGACUGUGGCCGCCAUGUUCCGAGGACGCAUGUCCAUGCGCGAAGUCGACGAUCAGAUGAUGAACGUGCAAAACAAGAACUCUUCGUAUUUCGUUGAAUGGAUUCCGAACAACGUGAAAACGGCCGUAUGCGACAUUCCGCCACGUGGACUUAAAAUGUCAGCCACAUUCAUCGGAAACUCGACUGCUAUCCAGGAGCUGUUCAAGCGAAUCUCGGAGCAGUUCACGGCGAUGUUCCGUCGCAAGGCCUUCCUUCACUGGUACACUGGCGAGGGAAUGGACGAGAUGGAGUUCACGGAGGCGGAGAGCAACAUGAACGACCUGGUGUCCGAGUAUCAGCAGUACCAGGAGGCAACUGCCGAGGAGGAGGGAGAGCUCGACGGAGACGCCGAAUAA